AUGGACCGAACCGAUGCUUCACCUGAACCAGUUGUCUCGAACGAGGAAGAUGACUUGCUGCGCUCUGUUCUGUUACGGUUGGCAUUGUAUGGGCCAAAACCUCCUGCAGACAUUAUUACUCAAGUGAUGGCCGCUGCGGAUACUGAAGCCAGGGAGAAGC